UCCGUCCAGUAUCGUUAAAAAGAACCGAACAACCGAACGUGUUUUGAUCGUAUUUAUUUGAAUAUCAUCUCGCAAACAAGUUCAACAAAUCCGUUGGCCUGAUCUCAAGUCCAGUUUGCUUUUGCAGUGUCAACUUGGGCCGUUUUGCUAGGGAUACCAACAGUUUCUCUGUGAAUACACUGUGUUAAUUGCUAAGAUAAAAAUGGUAUUUAAAGAACAAAUUCAAAUUUCUCUGAUUUUUUCUCUAAGUAUAUGCACACUGUGUCAGAUAGCAUUUCCGGAACUACCUACGCAAAGACUGGAUAGCGACCAAACAAAGGGAAGGGUACCCCUUUAUGCACCAAAUAGAUGUCCAGAAAAUCAACUAUAUUAUCCUGGAUACCAACAACAUGACUGGAUCUGUGAUUGUGGCCCAACCUACAUCUAUUACCCUCCAAAAGAUUUCUGUUAUCCUGCAUAUCGGCAAGGACCAUGUAAAGAUGGCGAACAUUUAGUCGUUCUACGAGGAGAGGUCAUACCAAGCUGUAACAAAAAUCCAUGUGAAGAAGGAUUUGCCAGAUACAAAGGAACCUGCUACGAAAUGGGAAAACCUAAUGGACCAUGCCUCCCAAUUCAGCAAGGCGGUGGUAUUUUUGACGUAAACGCUACAACACUUGUCGUGGAAUGUCUUAAAGGCACUGAUAGACUGUCAUUAUUCAAUUUGCCCAAAUUCUGCAUGCCUGGAAGUAAAAGAGACAGUAACGGCAAUUGCAGAGUCAUUUACAACUAAUAGAAACACAUGUUUUUUGGUUUACCGGAGUAUUUUUAGUUGUAUUGAUAGAUCCACAGAAUUGCACCAGUUUGGUCUCUCUUUUAAAAUUAACAAUAAUAUUUAAGCUACGUACUGAAGUUACAUAACAACAUAUUUUCUGUUUUGGGUAUUGGUAUGGUAAUGCUAAUCUUCCACUGGUUUGGUACAUGAUUGCUAUUUAAAUUUUCCUGAAAAAGUAUAUUUAUGUUUUCAAUUAGAAUUGGAUCAGAUUGGACAAGGUUUAAACAAAUCUUUAAACCGCUUUAAACUCUUUAAACCAUAGUCAAGAAUGUAUCAAAAUUUUUAAUUUGGUUAAAAACAAAAAAAACAGCGGGGUUCGUACGGUCUCCUCCGCAUCUCACAUUUCGCUCGCCAUCGUUUUCUAUCCACCCACUCGUUCUCUUCUAUAGCUCUAUCUUUCAUAGACUGUUCUAUAACUUUCUUCCAUGUUUCUGUAGGCCGUCCUCUUCUUCUAUUUAUAGGCGUGUAACUUAAUGCUCUUUUUGGCCAUCUUCUCUCUGGCAUUCUCAUAACAUGACCAUACCAUAGCAAUUUCUUUUGUUUUUAUUCGGUCAACAGUGGAAUAUACACUCUUUGUUCGUCGUCUUAUUUCCUCAUUUGGUACGUGUUCAAAUCUAGAUACCCUGCAUGCUCUACGUAAGUAAUCCAUUUCCGCUACUUUUAUAUUUUUUCAUUCCUUUCCUGUGACUUACCAACACUCUGCCCCAUAAGUUAGAAUAGGUUCCACAAUUGUUCUGUAGAUUGUUAAUUUUGUAUUCAGCUUCACCUUGUUAGACCAUAGUAAACCAUUUAAAAUACGAGUUGCUUUCCUUCCUUGCUGUAUCCUAUGAUGCAUGUCUCUUUUUGUAGUCUCUUCUUAUGAUAUUAUGCUUCCUAAAUAUCUAUAUUCCUUACAUUUUAUUAUACUUCUUAACUCGUAACUCCGGAUCUUCGGUUUCCUCUCUUAUUCUCAAAUAUUCCGUUUUCUCCAUGUUCAUACAUAGGUCCCAUUUUUCAUAUUCGACCUGUAACUUUCUUAGCGUAUAGUCCAUAUCAUGUUCAUCGUUGGCAAUAAUUACUUGGUCAUCAGCAAACAGGAAAGUUGUUACGCAGUUACAACAUUGCUACAGUGCGCAACAUUUCUCAAAUGCUGUAGGUACUUCAUUGUAUUUAAUAAGUAUCUUCUUCUUUCUUUUAUACCUACACUUAUAUGUUUUGGAUGACCAGGAAGACAAUUGUUCAUCAUUCCAUUCAUGGAAAUGGAAGACCAUUCAAAGUAACAUAUUUCUGCUUAGAAACAUAUAGUAAUUAUUUUAUAUUUAUUUACUCAUGUAGAAGACAAUGAUGCUAGAUUCAAAAUGCCUAUUGUAUCUUGUUUAAAGACCUACAGUGCUUAGUAUAAAAGACGAUUAACUGAAAACUGACGGUUUAACAAAUCAAGUAAAGAGUUCUGACAAAACUGUGCAAAAAAUGAACAAUUCAAAAUGAACAGUAAAUUGCAAGGUAUAUAAGUAUUCUAUCUUUAUCGAAAGUAUCUAAGAAAAUAUGACUUUUUUAUAUUUAAAAUAUCUGUAAAUAUUUAUUUUUAUACAAUAAAACAUUAUCUAAUUUUCA